UUAAAACAUCAUCAAGUAGAAAAUAAAGGUACGGUCCACAACACAACCCUCGUUAUCUAUCAUAUAACCGAUCGGAGAUUAUUCCGGUCACCUUCUCCGUCACUCCUCCGUUCAAACCACACAAAAACCCUAAUGAAGCCCUCUCACUUCCACCAUAUCCUAUCAUACAUCAUCCUCACCAUCACACUCACCCCCAAUAUAACAACCCUAGCGAUUAGGUUUCCGAAUCCGAUCUCUCAGGUCACCGGAAAUCCGCCGGAUCAGUUCCUCAAAACCGCCGUUUUCUCUCUCGGAAGCUUCUGGAGGGCGGAAUCCGUGUUCGGUUGCUUGGAUGGAGUUGUACGGACCACCGUCGGUUACGCCGGUGGAUCUAAAUCCAAUCCUGAGUACCGGAGUUUGGGUGAUCACGCUGAAUCUGUACAAAUUGAAUAUGAUCCUCGGGUGAUUAAUUUCAGGCAACUUUUGGAAAUUUUUUGGUCUAGCCAUGACUCGAGGCAAGUAUUCGGUCAAGGCCCUGAUGUCGGCAACCAAUACAGGUCUAUUAUCUUCAUCAAUGGAACCGAUGAGUCGAGAUUGGCUGCCUCGAGCAAAGAAAGGGAGCAAACUAAGUCAAGGAGUAGCAUUGUGACAACUCAAAUUCAACAGCUUGGAACCUUUUAUCCUGCAGAGCCUGAACACCAGAAGUUUGAGCUAAAACGAAACCCCUUUCUCCUUCAGUUGAUUGGUAACUUGGCGGAAGAAGAAUUGGAAAAAUCGAGCUUGGCAGCAAAGCUAAACGGGUAUGCAGCAGAGUUGUGUCCACCAAGAAUUCAAAGCCGGAUCGAUGGAAAGGUCAAUGAGAUUAUAAGAAAAGGGUGGCCUAUUCUACGAGAUGUGUAGACUUUUUCUGAAGACCUGAAGAGUCACUUGUAUCAGUAUUUUUGUAAGUUUUCAGGUUAAUAUGUUCUGGGUUUUGAAUGCUUUUAGUAACUAUUUAUGGCUCUGGUCACCUCUGUACUUGUAUUUUAAGAUAACAGUUGCAACAUUGACAUAUAUGUAGUGUUUACUAAUUGAGACCCAUGUAAUUUUGUUAAUGAUGGACUUCUGGUUGAUGA